CCGAUGAUGUUGCCAAAAAAAGGCCAAACAAGUACAAACGAGGCGCUAUCGAUGUUAUUGUUUCGUUCGCGGUUGCCAGAGCAGCUCUUAUCAGUUCGUCGUCAGGCCAGGCCCCAUAAAGUGACCAGCCGGCAAUUGAAUCGUAUUGCAAAGGUGCCGUUUUUACGACCCAAUACAGAGUCUCCCCAUCCAUGCGCCUAUAUAUACCAGUUCCGAUCGGUGUCGCAUUCAGCAGUAUUUGGCGAGCAGUUAUUGGCGGAGGUCCUCGAGUGAGUUUAAGGAGCAAUGUCCCAGGCAGUGAAGACGGAAUCGCCCAAGGAACCCAAUGGUUCGGCUAUUAAGGCCACAAAUAACACAGCUGUCAAUGGAAAGUUGGAGCCUCAGAAGAGACCCAGACAUGUUUCAGGAGGCGUUGAGGAAAUCAUCGAUCCCUUCUGCAAUCCGGAGCGACCUCAACGCAUAUCCUUCCACGAUGUCACUUCGGCUGCAUUUCUCAUCCGUGGCGGAGUGGAACGCACUCCCUGUCCGAAAUCCACAUCGUCGGAUCUAUAUGGCAUGGAGUUGUACUUAAAAAAGGAUUUCCUGCAAUACACGGGCAGCUUCAAGGAGCGUGGCGCACGCUAUGCCUUGUUAUCACUGACCGAAGAGCAGAAGCGAACCGGAGUGAUCAGUGCCUCCUUGGGCAAUCAUGCCCAGGCGCUGUGCUACCACGGCUGGAAGCUCAACAUCCCGGUGACCGUGGUGAUGCCCAAGGCGGCCCCUAUCAUGAAGAUCCAGAAGUGCCGCAACUACAAGGCCCGCGUCAUCGUGGAUGGUAACGACAUGGGCGAGGCCAAGUCCCUCGCCAUGCGGAUGUCCCGCGAGGAGGGUCUACUGUACGUGAAUGGCUAUGACCAUCCGCACAUCAUGGCCGGCCAGGGAACCAUUGGCCUGGAAAUACUGGAGCAGGUGCCGGAACCGGAUGCAGUGGUGGUGCCAGUCGGCGGAGGUGGCCUAAUUGCGGGAAUCGCCACGGCUGUGAAGGCACUGUCCCCCAAGACCAAGAUCAUUGGUGUGGAGUCGGAGAAGUGUGCCAGCUUCACCAGGGCCAUGGAAAACAACGGACCCAUCCACACGCCCAUCAAGAAUACACUGGCCGAUGGUUUGGCAGUACCCAAAGUGGGCUACAAUGCCUAUGCCACGGCCAUGCCCCUCAUCGAUCGCAUGGUGGUGGUCAAGGAGGAGUGGAUCGCAGUGGCCAUCCUCCGGCUGGUGGAGGAGGAGAAAUGCGUGGUCGAGGGUGCGGGUGGAGCAGGCCUAGCAGCCAUUCUAGCCGGUCAUCUGGAUGAGCUCAAGGGAAAGAAAGUUGUGGUUCUCCUCUGUGGUGGCAACAUAGACACCACCGUUUUUGGACGCUGCCUAGAGCGAGGCUUGGCCGCCGUGGGUCGUCUGGUGAAGUUCAAUGUGGAGGUCAGUGAUCGUCCCGGUGGCAUCAACGAUCUGUGCGCCCUGCUGGUCCGCGUGGGAGUUUCCAUCAAGGAUAUUAUGCACGAGAGAGCCUGGCUGAGGGAUGUGUACACCGUGGAAGUGAAGGUCGUGUGCGAAACAGUGGACUGGAGCCACAGCCUGGAAUUAAAGAACGAGCUGAAGAAGUUCUACUCCAAGGUGCAGUUCUCCGAUGUUCCAUUAGCCCUGACAAAUGAUUCCGAUUCGUAGGCCAAUCGUCUGUAUAGUACACAUAUGAUUUAUUCACUUCAGCAGCGCAGCAAAACUUAAAGCUUUAACUUAGAGCUUAGUUGUAUAAGUGUAAACAUAAUCGUAGUCGAAGUAGAAAUGUAAAUUAGGUGUAAAUAAAUAUACAUAAAAUACGAA